ACGCCAAAUCGCAACCUUCGCUUCUGCACAAUGCAGGAUUCCCUGCUUGCUAUUUAGAGCCAAAAUGUCGGAGCUUUGCGCCGACCGUACAGCAUCCAUAAAAUUAACCUUGGGAGGAUCCUCUGAAAAGAGGAAACAGACCCGCCAUUUUCCUGCGAGCCUACAGUCCUUUUAAACCCAGCAGGGGGAGGCGAGAUCCGAGAGGAGAGCCACUGAGAAGGGAAAAAGGGGGAGUUAGAGAGAGACAGAGGGAGAGGGACAGCGAGAGUGCGUGCGUGACAGAGGGGUUGAGUGUGAGAGGGGACGUAUUUGAAUAGAAGAGGAAACGUUUGUCAAGUGGCGAAACGUUGCACAUCCCAGGGACUUACAGCAUUGCCGCUGGAUUUAACAGUCCUCUUCGUUUUUCCCCCCUUUUUUGUUUCCCCCUUAUUUGUUUGUUCUAACCUGCGAAGAUGUCUGGACAGAGCAUAACGGACAGAAUAGCGGCAGCGCAACACAGUGUUACCGGUUCCGCGGUGUCCAAAACUGUGUGUAAGGCGACCACGCACGAGGUCAUGGGGCCAAAGAAGAAACAUUUGGAUUAUCUGAUCCACUGCACCAAUGAGAUGAAUGUGAACAUCCCUCAGCUGGCCGACACGCUGUUCGAGCGCACCGCCAACACCAGCUGGGUGGUCGUGUUCAAAUCCCUUAUCACCACACACCACCUAAUGGUCUAUGGCAAUGAGAGAUUUGUACAAUAUCUGGCCUCCAGGAACACAUUAUUCAACCUCAGUAAUUUUUUGGACAAAAGUGGGUUACAAGGAUAUGACAUGUCCACUUUCAUCCGGAGGUACAGUCGCUACCUGAACGAGAAGGCAGUCUCGUACAGACAAGUGGCUUUUGACUUCACGAAAGUAAAAAGAGGGGCGGAUGGUGUAAUGAGAACCAUGAGCACAGAGAAGCUACUAAAGACCAUGCCCAUUAUCCAAAACCAGAUGGACGCACUCCUCGACUUCAAUGUAAAUGCCAAUGAGCUCACGAAUGGGGUCAUUAAUGGUGCAUUCAUGCUGCUGUUUAAAGAUGCCAUCCGCCUGUUUGCAGCCUACAAUGAAGGGAUCAUCAACUUGCUCGAGAAAUACUUUGACAUGAAGAAAGCCCAGUGUAAAGAGGGCCUUGACAUCUACAAAAAAUUCCUCACUCGAAUGACAAGAAUCUCAGAAUUUCUCAAAGUUGCAGAGCAAGUUGGCAUUGACCGAGGGGACAUACCGGACCUGUCACAGGCCCCCAGUAGCCUUCUGGAUGCCCUGGAGCAGCACUUGGCUUCAUUAGAGGGGAAAAAGGUUAAAGACUCCACAGCCGCCAGCAGAGCCAGUACCCUGUCCAACGCGGUGUCCUCCCUGGCCAACACGGGUAUCUCUUUCACCAAAGUUGAUGAGAGGGAAAAGCAGGCCGCUCUGGAAGAGGAGCAGGCUCGAUUAAAAGCACUUAAAGAGCAGCGUCUGAAGGAACUCUCCAAGAAUCCCUCCAUGUCCUCAAUUACAGCUGCCUCACCGGUUUCCACAGCAACAGGCACCAUCAGUACCUCCCCAGCCAUUGACCUGUUCUCCACACCUAGUAGCUUCACUAACAAUACUCCAAAGGUUCCGAACGAUCUGUUGGACUUGCAGCCAGCGUUCCAGCCCUCCCUGCCCCUCUCCACCGGCCUGCCUUUAACAAACACAUGGGGAGAUCCUUUCACGUCUACAGAAGCCAUUGACGACUCCAUUCCAAACUUAAAUCCUUUCCUUACAAAACCUGUUGUCGAUCCUGUUGUGUCUUCAGAUGCUGUUAGCUUUUCUUCUAGGACACAAAGUCAUGAAAUAUUUGGUGAUAAUUACAAUCCUUUUAGUGAUUCGAGCUCAUCCGUUGCAUCACCUGUCGAGCCCACUGCUCGGAUGGGCUUCUUCCUCACAGACUCGUUCUGCUCUCCAGCUGCCCACCCUAACACUCCUCUCUUCCACUCAGAGCCCUCUGCUGUAGCUGGACUAUUCGGAGGGUUCUCUGUGCCUCCCGCUGCCCAGCCUCCCAGCUUGACCGGCCUUAAUGUCGACUUUGAUUCUGUGUUCGGCAAUACAUCAGCCACCAACAGCACAGAAUCGGCUGAUGAUAUUUUAGGUUGCAUUCUGAAACCUACAGUGGCCUCUCCCAACCAGGGCAUGACGCCCAGUGCCCAACAAUCUGGCAAACUGGUUUCUGAUGACUUGGAUUCCUCUCUGGCCAACCUUGUGGGCAAUCUCGGUUUUGGAAAUGGAACAACGAAAAAUGACAUCCACUGGAGUCAGCCAGGUGAGAAGAAGUUGACUGGAGGAAACAACUGGCAACCCAAGAUGGCUCCGACCACAACCUGGAACCCUGCCACCAUGAAUGGCAUGCUUUUCCCACAAUACGCUCCCUCUGUAAUGGCCUUUCCUGCCACAACGCCCACAGGCAUGAUGGGAUAUGGAAUGCCGCCUCAAAUGGGCUCCAUGACAAUGAUGACCCAGCCCACCAUGAUGUACACGCAGCCUAUGAUGAGGCCAGCCAACCCAUUCGGCCCAGUCUCAGGCGCACAGCUCUCUACAGCUUCUAGUCCUUCCAGUUCAAGUCCUCUCAGAGCUCCGGGACAAGACCCUUUUGCACAGAUCUCUCUGAAGGAUUUCCUUUAGAGCGACUUUAGAUGCAGUUCAUGUAGGCGAAGGAGGAUUGACGCUUCCCAAUGAUGAAUUACAAACCAAAUCUCAAACCUUUUAAUCUCGCUCCAUUUGGCUGUUGCACUCUGAGUGUUUGGCCCCAGUACAAACCUGUACAGGAAUCAGAG